AGCCUGAGCUCCGAGCCUUGCAGUGCGAUGUCCCGCCUGCUGCAUGCAGAAGAGUGGGCCGAAGCGAAGGAGUUGGGGGACCACCGUCGCCACCCCCAGCCACACCAGCUCCCGCCGCCGCCGCCGCAGCCACCUGCGGCUCUGCAGGCGAGAGAGCACCCCGUGUACCCGCCCGAGCUGUCCCUCCUGGACGGCUCCGACCCACGCGCCUGGCUGGCGCCCACCUUGCAGGGCCUGUGCACGGCACGCGCCGCCCAGUAUCUGCUGCCCUCCCCCGAGCUGGGCGCGGCCGAGGCCCCCGCGCCCCGGGACGAGGCGGACGGGCGCGGGGAGCCGGUAAGGAGGGGCGGCGGCGGCAAGAGCCCCGGGCCGGCGAAAGUGCGGGAACAGCUGUGCAGGCUGAAAGGCGGGGUGGCGGUGGACGAGCUGGGCUGCGGCCGCCAGCGGGCCCCUUCCAGCAAGCAGGUGAACGGGGUGCAGAAGCAGAGGCGGCUGGCGGCCAACGCCCGGGAGCGGCGCAGGAUGCACGGGCUGAACCACGCCUUCGACCAGCUGCGCAACGUUAUCCCGUCGUUCAACAACGACAAAAAGCUGUCCAAGUACGAGACGCUGCAGAUGGCCCAGAUCUACAUCAACGCCUUGUCCGAGCUGCUGCAGACGCCCAGCGGCGGGGAGCAGCCGCCGCCGCCGCCGGCCCCCUGCAAAGCCGACCUCCACCACGCUCGCGCCGCCGCCGCCGCGUACGAAGGGGGCGCGGGCACGGCGACCGCAGCGGGGGCGCCGCCGGCCUCGGGAGGGGGCCAGCGGCCGACUGCGCCCGGGGGCUGCCGGACUCGCUUCUCCGCCCCGGCCGCCGCGGGCGCGUACUCGGUGCCGCUGGACGCUCUGCACUUCCCGACCUUCGAGGACAGCGCGCUGACGGCGAUGAUGGCGCAAAAGCGCUUGUCGCCUUCUCUGCCCGGGGGCCUCCUGCAGCCGGUGCAGGAGGAAAGCAGCAAAACGUCUCCCCGGUCCCACAGAAGCGACGGGGAGUUUUCCCCGCGUUCCCAUUACAGCGACUCGGACGAGGCGAGUUAGGAAGGUGACAGGAGCCCGCACACGGACGCAGAAGCAAAACCGCCCGGCCCGGCGCGCGCGAAGCCCCGCGGU